GACCAAUCAAAACAAAAGGAGCAAAAAUUUCUUUGUCCUGAUUGGUCAAUCAAACGAUACUUUAUCAGCGGAUAGAAUUUUUGAACACAUAAAUUGAUUUGUUUUGGAGCAACGUCAGUCACAGUAUUUAAACACGGAGAUGGAUGCGAAUCGAGAGGAUAUUUUCGUCCGGAUAGAACGCGCGUUUCCAGUGCUUAAUGGAAAGCUGUUGCAUACUAAGGAAGAAUGCAUGGAGGAGGAGUUCGCGAAUCUUGCGGAAGAUGUGCGAGUUUUGAAGCUGUCACAAUUCGUUGAGGAUAUUGUUAUUCAUCAUAUAGAACAAUAUAUUCGUUGGUAUGUAGCACCAGCGUUCUGGGAAAAGUUUGAGAAUAUAGAGGACGGCCAACGAGGCUUCGAAUUGUUCAAGUCAGCCGUGGAUGGUCUGUACAUUAGUCUCACAGAGUUUCUACCUGUUCUAAGAAAGUUGGAAUAUUUAAGACAGAACAAGGAUAUGACGAUGAAUCCAUCAAGCGCCGAAAAUGAUAUAGAGGCACGAUUCAAACUCAUCGUGAGAGCGACGUUGUUGAGUCAAUUACCUCUGUGUCACGAAUGUAUUAUAGAACACUUCUAUAAAAUUGCUUUUAAUGUAUUCUGCAAUUCGGACAACUCAUCGCAAGCAGAUACAUCGAUUAAUGAGAUUCAAUGCAUUGGAUGUGCUCAGGAAAUCGAGAACUGUCAGUGCCAAAUAAUAGUUUACAUGUUUCACGAGACAAACAGAAAAUUAAUUGAACUGAAAUUAUUGGAGAGACUUGUAGGAAAUGUACUCACAUCAUUAAUACAUAUUCGUAUUGAGAAUCAUGUGAUUCAAACAUGCGACAAAACGUUUGACGUGUCACAAUUGAUUCCAUUAGAAGAGUGGCUCGAAACUGUCGUCAUGAGUUGGCUGAUAAGAAUUUAUUCCGGUGGCUCUUCGAAAACGGUAACACUUAGUGAUGAGAUUCGUAAUGCCAUAAAUAAAUUUAAACAGAAAUUAUCUCAUUUUUUAUAUGAAACAUACACCAGGAUAAGAAUCAAUCAUCUUUUUAAUAUAAUAAUAGAAUAUCCCGAGUCACAACCCGCGGUAGAUGAUCUUCGAAUUUGUCUUGAGAGGACCGAUCAACGGAAAGUCCUGGUUAAGAAUCUGCAGGAAGCGAUUAAAACGAGGCUUUUGCAUCCCGGCGUGAACACUCCGGAUAUAGUGACGGCUUAUAUCGCCGCGAUCAAAGCGCUCAAGCAUCUCGAUCCGACGGGAGUUCUUCUGGAAGCUGUUACGGAACCUAUCAAGAGUUAUUUGAGGAGCAGAGAGGAUACCGUACGUUCUGUCGUUAACAGUCUGCUCGAUGAUUCGCCGAGCGAGUUGGCCGACGAAUUGGUAAAAGGCGAGUGUCUGCAGCUAGACGAUGGUUCGGCGGACGACGAGACUGAAGACUGGGAAAAGUGGAUGCCGGAUCCAGUCGACGCUGAUCCUGCUAAAUCAACGCAGCGCAAAGUGUCUGACAUAAUCUCUACGUUGGUGAACGUUUAUGGCAGUCAGGAUUUAUUUGUCAACGAGUACCGGACAUUGCUGGCAGACAGAUUGUUGUCGCAACUCAACUACCAUACUGAACGCGAGAUACGUCACUUGGAAUUGUUGAAGAGACGAUUUGGAGAAAAUCAGUUGCAUUACUGCGAAGUCAUGCUGAAGGACGUUUACGAUUCGAAAAGGAUAGACGGUAACAUUCACUCCGACACUAGUUACAAUCUGCAAAGAGAACUCUUUCCCACUUCCGCGCUCAUAUUGUCGGCACAAUUCUGGCCGCCAUUCAAGGAAGACUGGAAAUUGAAACUACCAAAUAUCGUGCAGAAUCAAUUAAAUAAGUAUGUGAAGGCAUUUGAGGCCUUGAAGGGAAACAGAACACUCUGCUGGAAGCCUCAUUUAGGAAAUGUGAGUUUGGAAAUUGAAUUAAAAGACAGAAAGUUGGACAUAAACGUUACGCCAGUACACGCGACGAUUAUCUUGCACUUUCAAGAUAAAAGUGAAUGGGCUUUGCAAGAUUUGGCGGAGGUGAUGCACGCUCCAGCAACUGUUUUACGGCGCAAAAUGACAUUCUGGGUGUCACAAGGCCUUUUGAAGGAAACUGCCAACGAUGUGUAUGUCUUGCAAGAAGAGAGUACAUCCAAGAAUCGCUUAUCGACGGACAUCGUCGAGGAGGAAGAGACCGAAAGCAUCAUGGCCUCGGCCAGCGAUCAGAGAGAGGAAGAACUACAAGUGUUUUGGUCGUAUAUUGUAGGGAUGUUGACGAAUCUAGAUUCGAUGCCGAUAGAAAGAAUUCAUCAGAUGUUGAAAAUGUUUGCGUCUCAAGGGCCGGGCGCCGUGGAAUGCGGUUUACCGGAACUGAGGCAAUUUCUGGAUAGGAAAGUAAGGGAACAUCAACUAUUGCUCUCGGGUAGUUUUUAUCGAUUACCAAAGUCAUAAAUUUCUGUUGUCUCACUAUUUUAUUCUUGACGUUUCAAUACAUGAUUGAAACGGCGUUAGUAUAGUUUGUAACGAUAGAAAAAUAAUUUGUGAUAUUACAUUAAGAGCGAUAUCUGGUUUCUUAUCGUAUAAACGGAUACUUCUUUUGAUGAAUAAAACUUAUACAUAAAUAUUUCAAUAUAUUUCGCAUAAAAUGUAAAUAUUUCCCUUUCUAUUAGCUGAUUAGCAUACAUGUACAUGCUUUGAUGAGACAUUCAUUUUAUUUGUAUAUUCCUUUGAAAGUCAAAAGGAGGUUAUCGAGUAUUGAAAAAAUAUUUUUAUUGCCGUUCAUAAUAUUUAUACAUGUUUGCAUAUAAACUAUUUGCACUUUUAUUGCAAACCAUUUAAAUUUUCUUUCGUAAGUAGCAUACAGUAUAUUAUGAUUCACACAUAAUCAGAUCUUUCCGAGAUUUCAGAAAACAGAUUAGCUUCUCAUUGUCACUUACACAUUAAUAUUGCCACAUAUAUAUCCUGCACAUAUCUCAACAUUAAAAUAAAAUAUGAAACUAAAAAAUUAUCAUAUAAUAAAUUUCGGCAAAAAAAACUAUAUAUAACUAUAGAAUAAUAAAUGUAAAUUCGCAUGCCAUAUAAGAUCUAACAAGAUUGCUUGCACAUAUAUAUUUUCUUAUUUAACUUAUCUGUAUACAUAUUUAUAAAUAUGAUAACAGGGGAGUGUAAAUAAAUAAAUUACCCCGAGAUUUACUUUUGCGAUGAUAAUAGAAAUAAUGAAAGGAAAAAGUUUUUAAAUAAUAAAAGUAUAUAUAUA